AUGGACCACGACAGACUGUACAGGCCCACCGUCACCUAUCAUCUGUUCCUGUAUCGGGCCGAGCUGGCGCGUCGCAAUGCCCGCCAGCUGAGGCUGUCCCGCACCAAGAUCGAGAUCACCGACGAGCUCAUCUCGAAGACGGUCCGCAAUCUGAAGACCUGCAGCAUGGAUGACCUCAAGGCGGUCAAUCGAGAGCUGCUGUUCAAGCGGAAACUUCGCCACAAUGUCUCCAAAAUGAGCAAAGAGGCCAAGCGGCAGAGACAGCAGCAGCAGCAGCAGCAGCACAGUCCACAGUCCGCGGGGCAGCAUUAG